UAGAACUGUGACUAAAUUCAGUCUUAGACUUUUUGUGCAAAGUUACAAUAUAAGAGUUUGCAUCUGAGAAGAUCUGUGCCUAUAGCGCAACAGUCAUGAGGUUCAGCCUGACGAUGGUAAGAGAGGAAGAUCUGGAAAUCGAUGGAUGCCAGGUACCUUCACAUCCACAAUUCGAAGAUGUCGACCUCCUUCCUGUCUCCACAGGUGACGCAAGCUUCCUUGUGGAUCCGGACAACCCUUCCCACCACUGUGAUUGUCAAUGUAAUGAAAUGGUAACUGACAGUGCUAAUUCCACAGCAGUUGUAAAAUUGUAUGCAGAACGAAAGGAUUUGUUCUUAAAGAGUUUUCUUUGUAGCAAAUAUGUCUGCCCAUCCUUUGGCCCAUCAGGUAUACAGAUAUUCCUUGAGGACACAAUGUCAGCCAAGAUUUCCGUCUACUCCUACAUCAUAGUUCCAAUAAAGAAACAAUUAGGCGUUCCAGUUUUGCUGAACUUCACAGCCACAGAUAACUUCUUUACCUGUAACGAGCAGGGUGAACAAAGGAUUUUAAAACUUGCGAGUUUCGACAUAAACAAGCUACAGCGCAUUUCUGCAGACGACAAGGAGAAAUGGUCCCUGGUGUUCCUCAUGUCUAAAUCUGCAGACGGCCUUUAUCGUUUUGAAUCAGCUCUUCACAGCGGAUGGUUUAUUCAGAUUAUGGACAGUAAUGUUGUAAACAUGCAAAAAGAAAUUCAGCCUGAAUAUGUAAAACCCAGAACCUUUUUUUCCUUAAUUAAGAGUGAGACCACAGAAACCAUUAUACUUUACAAAAAGUCUUGAAUUUAGG